AAAGAAUUUAAACUGCAACACGGCACCGUUCGGUUCAUCCACCAUCAUGGUCCCUUUUCCUUAUAAACAAAGUCGUCCAAAGAGUGGAGGGUCAUUUCGAUCUCGCAAGUCGCAACAGAUCAGACCCAAAAUCAGCAACAAUGUCGUACUACGCGAAAGGCCAUCAAUUCGCCGAAGAUGUUGACGAUUUCGACGAGUAUGAUCCAACCCCUUACGGUGGAGGAUACGAUAUGGUUUUGACCUACGGCCGCCCACAUCCACCCUCCGAAGAAACCUGCUAUACCAACGCUUCAUCCACUUCCGAGGGCUUUGACUAUGAUCGCCCUCAAUACUCCUCCUAUGCCGAGCCUUGUGCCUACGGCGAUGAAGCACUCGAGAACGAGUACAAGAGCUAUGCCCGUCCCAAGCCCCGACCCUCUCCUCCGUAUGGAGUCCCAACUGGUGUGACUCGUCCAUCUGAGGAAUUCGGCGGCGGCGGCAGUGGUUAUGGGUAUGAGAAGCCUCAGCCCAAUUAUGGGUUUCAGCCUGGGAUUAAUCGGCCUGGUGGUGGGUAUGGUGGAGAGGGUGAGUUUGGUCGUGGCGCUGGAUUCGGAUCUGGAGGAUCUGAAUACGAAUCUGGGUAUGGUGUGAAGCCGGAAUACGAGAGGCCCACAUCAGAAUAUGGAUCUGAGUAUGGCCGGAAGCCGGAAUACGUGAGGCCCACAUCAGAAUAUCGAUCUGAGUAUGGUCGGAAGCCGGAAUACGAGAGGCCAACCUCAGAAUAUGGAUCUGGCCAUGGAGAGAGGAGUGAGUAUGAGAAACCCAGUUCCGAGUAUGGAUCUGGGUAUCGGAGGAAAAGUGAAUAUGAGGAGCCCAAGUCGGAGUAUGGAUCUGGUUAUGGUGGGUCCGGUUAUGGACGGAAGGAGGAACACAGUUCAGAGUAUGGAUCUGGGUAUGGAAGAAAGAGCGAGUACGAGGAGCCCAGUAGGGAAUACGGUCGGAAGACCAGUUAUGGGGAGGAGGGUGGUGGUGGGUAUGGGUACGGUGGGAGGCCUGGGAGGACAGAGUAUGGGCGUCCGAGCUCUGAGACCCAAGAAGCUGAGGGGUACGGGGGGCCAGCUCAUGAGAGGCAGAGCUAUGGAAGGUCUGAGGAGGGGGAAGAGUACAGGAAGCCUAGCUAUGAGAGGCGUGGUGAUGAUGAUGAAGGCUAUGGUCGCAAGAAAUAUGGAGAUGCAGAGACCGGUGAUGAUGAUGAGGAGGAGAAGAAACAACACCGUAAGCAUCAGCACCACUACCGCAAGCACUAUGACGAUGAAUAAGCAAUGCUCUGGUGCCUUCUAUGCAGGAUUCAUGCCAUAUUAAGCUACUAAAUAAAGGAGAGGCGUGAUUUCCUUUUACUCCUGCUUCUGUGAGUGUUCUUAAUCCUUUGAACAUGUCCAACAAAAAAUAUGUGGCUAUAUUAAAGUCGUGUGGAAGUGUGUUUGCUUUGUGAUAAUAAAUCUCAGACAUUUGGGUUGGUGUGUGUUAAAUGCAAGUUUUAUCUACUACAAAUUAUUGCUGUUGAGUUGAUCAUGGUGUGCGAGUCCCUGUGUGACAUAGAGAGAAGGGAUUUGUGAAAUUGAUUGAAGGAUAUGCAUAUUGUUUUUCAUAUGCGUGAAAAGUAAUAAUAGUCUCAUAUGAUGUUGGCUAGAAGUAGUGAUCGUACUAUAGUUAUUUUAAG